GUUAAGCAGUGUGGUUUUACAUCUUAUAGAGCUCUCAGCAGUUGAGGUAUACGGCGAUAAUGGCAAACUAUCAGAAACCAGCCGAUAAAACUCUCCAGACACUAAAGGACACAGCUAAUAAGCUUAGGAUUAAUUCCAUCAAGGCUACAUGCGCUUCCAAUUCUGGGCAUCCUACCUCAUGCUGCAGUGCUGCAGAAAUCAUGUCCGUUCUGUUUUUCAACACGAUGAAAUACAUACCUUUGGAUCCUCGCAAUCCAAAUAAUGAUCGUUUUGUCCUUUCUAAGGGUCAUGCAGCACCUAUCCUUUACGCAGCCUGGUCAGAGGCUGGUUUCAUCAAAGAAGCUGAUCUCCUAAACCUGCGGAAAAUCGAUUCGGAUUUGGAAGGUCAUCCUACUCCUAAACUACCCUUUGUAGAUGUGGCAACAGGCUCCUUGGGGCAGGGUCUAGGAGCUGCUUGUGGCAUGGCUUACACUGGGAAGUAUUUUGAUAAGGCAAGCUAUCGUGUUUACUGCUUGCUUGGAGAUGGAGAGUCAUCAGAGGGUUCAGUUUGGGAAGCCAUGGCUUUUGCGUCUCACUAUGAACUUGACAACUUGGUAGCAAUUUUUGAUGUUAACAGACUUGGCCAGAGUGAGGCUACACCACUCAAACACGAUACAGAGAUCUAUCGCAAACGCUGUGAGGCUUUUGGGUGGAAUACAUAUGUGGUUUGUGGUCAUGAUGUGGAAGAGCUAUGCAAGGUUUUCUGGCAUGCACAGCAAGUAAAGAAGCAGCCAACUGCAAUUAUUGCAAAGACGUUCAAAGGAAAAGGAAUUGAAGGUGUUGAGGACCAGGACAACUGGCAUGGGAAACCUAUUCCAAAAGAUAAAGUUGAUGUUAUAAUUGCCAACCUGCAAUCCAGCAUUCAAACAAACAAAUCUUUGUCUCCUGAGGAGCCUGUGCAAGAUGCUGUAAAUAUUGAAAUUUGUGGACUUUGUAUGCCCUCUCCACCCAAAUACAGCAUAGGAGAUAAGGUUGCAACACGCCGAGCUUAUGGAGAGGCUCUGGCUAAGCUUGGGGAAACCAACAGCUGUGUCAUUGCUCUGGAUGGAGAUACUAAAAAUUCAACUUUCUCUGAACUCUUCAAGAAAGCCCAUCCUGAACGUUUUAUUGAAUGCUUCAUUGCUGAGCAGAAUAUGGUUAGUGUGGCUAUAGGCUGUGCUGUACGAAAUCGCACAGUAGUCUUUGCCAGCACCUUUGCAGCUUUCUUAUCACGUUCUUAUGACCAUUUACGCAUGGGUGCAAUUUCCCAAUCCAACAUCAACCUGUGUGGCUCCCACUGUGGUGUGUCAAUUGGGGAGGAUGGUCCUUCACAAAUGGCCCUUGAAGACCUGGCAAUGUUCCGUGCAAUUCCCACCUGUACUGUUUUUUAUCCCAGUGAUGGUGUGUCUACAGAGAAGGCUGUGGAGCUGGCUGCCAACACUAAAGGCAUCUGCUUCAUCCGUACCAGUCGGCCAGACACUUCUGUUAUAUAUUCUUCAGAUGAAAAAUUUGAAGUGGGAGUAGCUAAGGUGGUCCGCGAAAGCAACAAUGACAAAGUUACAGUAAUAGGUGCAGGAGUCACCCUGCAUGAAGCUCUUGAUGCUGCAGCUCAACUUUGUGAGCAAGGAAUUAACAUUCGUGUGAUUGACCCCUUCACAGUCAAACCCCUAGAUGCUGGUACUAUAAUUUCAAGUGCUCGUGCAACUGGUGGCCGUAUCAUUACUGUUGAGGACCACUACAAAGAAGGUGGCCUAGGAGAAGCAGUAUGCAGCGUAGUUGCAGAAGAGCCUGGUAUUAUAGUUCAGCAGUUGGCUGUGAAACGUGUUCCACAAAGUGGUAAACCUGCUGAGCUCCUUGAGAUGUUUGGAAUCCGUGCAAAGAAUAUAAUUGCUGCAGUUAAAUCCACCUUUGCAAACUGAAUCCUACCCAGUUAACUGCUUCUGAAAAGCUUCUCCUGUUUAGUAAUACAUGGUUUACAGUAUUGUUUUGGGACAUGCAUUUAAAUAUUAGACCACUUAUUUCUUAGGUCUGUUAUUUUUGUGUGUUUAAGUGUUAAAAUCUGCAACAGAUUCAAAACUGGUCAUGUUAAACCAUUUUACAUUCCAUUACUACUUUGUUGUACUAGAAUGUAAAACAUUGUUUGUAGUUUGCAUCAGCAGCUGAAAUGGAUGUUAAUUGUACCUGUGCUUCUACUGUUAUUGUACCAUACAUCGUAAUACUGUGCUAUAUAAACUAAUGUAACAGCCUUAAACAUUCCAUUUCCUGAAUGUAAGUUCUUCCACAUACAGUAUACAGAGUUCAGUAUCCUUUUUGUUGUAAAAGUAAAAACACUUGUAAUUCUAAAA